AUGUCGCUCCGUGACUAUGACAGUAUAACAUUUACGAUUGCACGCGGGAUGUCGUCUGAACCGCGCAAAGGGUCGCUGUCGAUGCUAGAUCAGAGGAAGUCCCCGUGGCGAUCUAUAUGGAUUUCGAUAGGAAUGCAAUUCAUAGUAGGCGUUCAAACGUCGAUCUAUUAUAUGUCGAUGUGGCCGUACCUCAGCAAUGUAGAUAGAACAGCAACGGUAGAUUUUCUCGGUUGGGUAAUUGCUGCAUGCAGUUUUGGAUGCUCUGUGGCGAAUCCGCUCUUCGGACUUUGGAACCAGAAAACAAUGUCAAUCAAGGCUCCAGUGGUUGUCGGAAUGACAAUGAUGCUUAUUGUUCUGUUGAAGGGCAAGCCAUAUUUGGCUUACUUCCACUGUUCCACUCAGGGCCAGAAGUGGGUCAUGCUGUUCGCAAGGCUACUUACAGGAUUCGGCGCAGGGACAUUGUCAGUACUGAGAGCCUACGCGGCUACCGCUUCCACGCCGCGUGAUCGUCUCAGUUCUGUUUCUUUCGGCACUGCUGGCUACGUGCUGGGACUUUCCUUCGGACCAGCAAUACAGGUACGAAAUCUGCAUAUGCAGUCUUCACUCCUGUGGGGGAGCAUGGGUUCAGACUUGGGACGGAUUAUAUUCAACAUGUACACAUUACCUGCAUUUUUCAUGGUGCUGCUUUCAAUUGUCUGUUGCCUCAUAAUAAAUCUGUUUUUCAAGGAAGAGUAUGCUGGUAUUAUAGAGAAGAACAAAGAUGAAAACGAUGCUUUCAUGGUGAUCCCAAAAUUUGACGUGAUACCAGCUGUAAUUUGCAUUUAUCUUGUGGAUGGUCUCAUGUAUGGUCGCGACAAACAUCGAAGUGUUAGUUUUUUCAUUACAUUCAUUGCACAUUAA